AUGGGAAUUUAUACGACCAGUCAUGUCGAAGCAGCCCACAGUGCAUUGAAAGGAAAUAAUCGUCAAAUUUCCAAAUGUAGCUUGGCCACAACAUUUGUUCAAUUAGAUAUGGUGCUGGCCAACCAGAACAUCAAAGCUGUCAUGGGUAAAGGUUACUCAAAGUUUUCGGCCGAUCCUUUUGUUUUAACCAACCCAAUGUUUCGUGAAUUGGUCAAGGUGGUUAGCAGAUUUGCAAUUGAGAAGAUUAGGGAGCAAAUACAAAUGUUCAAGAAAGAGAUCAGUGAUCGCAGCUUGAGACCUUGUACGGGAGUUUUCAGUACUGUCAUGAAGCUACCUUGUAGACAUAUCAUAUACAAGGAAGAAUAUGAUCAGUUAUUCAGCAGCCAGACAAACAAAGUGUACACUAAGACAAAUGCAACUGACACAAUUUUGCACAAGCUUCGACAGGCCAUAGAAGAAAUACCAUUUGAGCACGUACGAAAAGAAAAGCUUGAUGUUAUCAGCCAAAUGGUUGACAACAUCAAUGCUAAUCUGGAUGUCAAGGUCUUACAGCCUUUGAAAAAGAAGGAACUGGUAAUCAGUAGUCAAAAAAUUGCAAAGACGGGGAGAAUUCUUUCCCAAGGUGAAGCCGAUGAGGCUAAAGUGAAAAAGGUGAACAAACGAAAGCCAUCCACUACAAAGACGCUCAAGCAAGCGACAUUCGAUGGUUCUACCAUCAUUGAUGACAAUAUCAAGCCUUUUGUAGGCUUGUUCUCCGUCUGCAUGCCUGAGUUCAUGCUGAAGCACGUCGCUUCGGUGACAAAAGUUCUUGGCGAUGGAAAUUGCGGUUUUCGUUCCGUUGCUGCCUCCGUAGGAAAAGAUGAAGUGAAAAGAAUUGCUCUGUCUCUUGGUGUUGAACUCUCGGGUAACUUUGAGAAGGAUGAGGAUUACUGUAUGGAUGUAAGAAACUGCCUAUUGAAGCAGCUAACCAAUAAUGCAUCAUAUUAUAUUAGCUGCUUCUUUGCUGGUUCCAUUUCGGAAUACCAGACAUUGUUAGAAUCGAUAAGUCUUCCUGUAAUGGGCGAAUGCGAGAAAGACAAAUGGAUGAUUAUGGGAGCUACAGGUUAUCUCAUUGCUGAUGUGUACAGCCGCCCAGUUUAUUUUUUUUCCAAGAAGGAGUCAAUCACCAUACUUCCAAACUGCAUUUUAAAUGAAAAUAAACCGAACCCACAACAACAGAAACAACAACAGACACAGCAACAGAAACAACAACAGACACAACAACAGACACAGCAACAGAAACAGCAACAGACACAACAACAAAAACAAGAACAGACACAACAACCAGACACAACAACAGACACAACAGACACAAUAAAAGCACCAUUAACAACAACAACAGAAAUUAUCUCCAGUGAAAUACUGUGCAAACCCAAACGUGUCGUAGUACCACCCUCACUUAUUCCAUCAAUCGAAGCAAUAGAAGCUAUCAAAGCAAUUAAUACUCCUGACCAGCCGGAAACUGAGUUUUUUUGUCAUAAAUGCCAACAUCUCGUCUUCAGAAUUAACAAUAAGCAUACCCCCAUUAUGGAUGCUUAUUAUAAACUGGAUACCUUAAAAAUGGAAUACAUACAAAAAAAACUGUAUGCUGAAGGCAACAAAUACUCAAGAAACUUCAAAAAAUUCAACGGCCAAUCUAAAAAAAUACACAAUAUAUACGAGCCCAAACUUAGAGAGUUCUGCAAAUUACACACUAUUGAAGAACAACGUCCAUUAAUUGUAAAGUAUUUCUGCGAAAGCUUUACAUUCGAAUCACUUGCCAACCUCACCAAGAAUCUGGUUAAAAAUGGAGCUAUCGACAGGCUUUUGUCUGGAGCAGUCAGAAGCCAAUUCGAAUACUCGAAAUCUGAUAUUGAGGCUGCUGGGGGUCCAGCUAAAUACAAAUUGCUCAACCUGUUCUACGCAAACAAGCACCGUAUUAUGCCAGGAUAUUAUGGCCAAAUAGGCUUUGAAAUUAUUAGCAAAGCAGCCAUCUACAAGUUUUCCCAUGAAGCUUACAAAGGGUCGAGUGCACAAAAAAAAACUGGUUUAAGUCACCAACAAUAUCUUACAACCGUCAUCGUCCCUGAAAUUGCUUGUUGGAUUACCGCUGAAGACCAAGGUGUGAAAUAUGAAGAUGCGAUUCUAAUUAUGGAACAAACCUAUAAAGUUGGCGAGCUCCUACAUCCCUUUGACUUCGAAGCCAAUUUUUUGGAAGACUAA